GCUCAGCAGAUCCUCGAACCUGCACAAUUGAAGCGCUUCGCCUGCAUUUCCAGUCAAAAGAGUCGCCAGAAACAACCGUGAAACGCCAUUUAUUUUCCUCCAGCGGAGAUGGAGCGGGUGGAGGCCGAGUUCUGCAGCCUGGAGAACCCGCUGGUCGGGGAAAUGAAGCGCUUCUGCAGGAGCAUCACUGAAGCCUGCAAUGAGCUGAAGGAGGAGCUGACGCCGUACAGGAACGAGCGAUUCUACAGGUUGGCCCCGAUGCGUCUCUACACGCUCUCCAAGAGACACUUUGUGCUGGUGUUUGUGGUUUUCUUCUUCUGCUUCGGCGUCUCCACACUCAUCGGUGUGUCAGGACCAAAGAUCAUAAGUGAGAAUUACUAUAACGGGCUGAGCGUCAGCGUCAACGGCUCCAAGAUUGGUCCGUUUGACCUCAGAUCUCAGCCGCUGUCCAACUAUAACCAGCAGCUGUGGCUCACGUGCAUCAUUCAGCUUCAGAACAACAUUGUAGAUUUCAGCUGGCGGGAGUUCGGGAUGAAUGUGGAGCUGCAGGGUGUGAUGCAGGACGCCAGUGUGAUGCGCAUCAGUGACAACGUGCACAACAAGAAUAGAAGCCUGCGCUGCGCCGCUCAUCAGCAGGCGUGUGAUGAGAUCAUCGUCCUGCAUCUGGGUUAUCUGAACUACACUCAGUACAAGAUCAACGUCAGCUUCAGGAAUCUGCAGGACGACCUCAAGGACAACAUCAAGAAUGUCACUUUUGUGUUUAAGAUGUACAACGCCACCUUCUCUCAGGUGGAGAUCUGGUUCCGCUUUGUGUUUGUGGUGAUGACCUUCAUAGUUACUUGUAUGUUUGCACACUCUCUGAGGAAGUUCUCCAUGAGGGAUUGGGGAAUCGAGCAGAAGUGGAUGUCCAUCCUCCUGCCGCUGCUGCUGCUCUACAACGACCCGUUCUUCCCGCUGUCGUUCCUGGUCAACAGCUGGUUUCCGGGAACUCUGGAUGCAUUUUUCCAGGCUGUGUUUCUGUGUGCUCUGCUGCUGUUCUGGCUGUGUGUUUACCACGGUAUCAGAGUUCAGGGCGAGAGGCGGUUUCUGACCUUUUACCUGCCCAAGCUGCUGAUGGUGGGCCUGCUGUGGUUAUCAGCUGUAACACUGGGAAUCUGGCAGACAGUGAACGAGCUGCAGGAUCCUACAUAUCAGUAUAAAGUGGACAUCCAGAACUUCCAGGGCAUGAAGAUCUUCUUCCUGCUGGUGGUGUGUGUGUAUGUGCUGUAUCUGGUGUUUCUGGUGGUCCGUGCCUGUUCAGAGCUGAAGAAUAUGCCAUAUUCAGAUCUGAGGCUCAAGUUCCUGACAGCGCUGACACUGGUGGUGCUGGUGAUCAGUGUGCUCAUCCUCUACCUGCGGUUCGGCUCCAAGGCGCUGCAAGACAACUUUGUAGCUGAACUUUCAACUCACUACCAGAACUCAGCUGAGUUUCUCUCCUUCUACGGUCUGCUGAACUUCUAUCUCUACACACUAGCGUUUGUUUACUCGCCCUCCAAAAACGCUCUUUACGAUUCACAGCUGAAGGACAAUCCUGCGUUCUCCAUGCUCAAUGACUCUGAUGAUGAAGUGAUUUACGGGAGCGAUUAUGAGGAAAUGCCUCUUCAAAACGGACGCGCCAUCAAAGCCACGGCCAAAUACCAGGACGAGAGCGACAGCGACUGAAUCCCGUGUCUUAAACUGAGUGUAAAUAUACAGGCCAGAAGUCUAUUUUUAAAGCUGUGGUGUUGAAUGUAACUCCUGAUGUGGAUCUGUCAGUAAACCACACAUCUGAUGGAGGAAAAUCAGAACACUGUUCAGGUGAAUGUGCACGUUACAGGUUAUAUUUCAGCUCAAAGGGAAAACAAGAACAUCAUAUCUAGAGGAAAGAUGUUAUAU